AAAUCCAGCUCCAUACAACGCUCCGCCGCCGCUGCUGCCGCGACUCGGUCUGCGCGCUAGCACCCUCCGGCCGACCACUCCGCCGCUAUGGAAGACAUGAACGAGUACAGCAACAUAGAGGAAUUCGCAGAGGGAUCCAAGAUCAACGCGAGCAAGAACCAGCAGGAUGACGGUAAAAUGUUUAUUGGAGGCUUGAGCUGGGAUACAAGCAAGAAAGAUCUGACUGAAUAUUUGUCUCGAUUUGGGGAAGUUGUGGACUGCACGAUUAAAACAGAUCCUGUUACUGGAAGAUCACGAGGAUUUGGAUUUGUGCUUUUCAAGGAUGCUGCUAGUGUUGAUAAGGUUUUGGAACUGAAAGAACACAAACUGGAUGGCAAAUUGAUAGACCCCAAACAGGCCAAAGCUUUAAAGGGGAAGGAACCCCCAAAAAAGGUUUUCGUGGGUGGAUUGAGCCCAGAUACUUCGGAGGAACAAAUUAAAGAAUAUUUUGGAGCCUUUGGAGAGAUUGAAAAUAUUGAACUUCCUAUGGAUACAAAAACAAAUGAAAGAAGAGGAUUUUGCUUUAUUACAUAUACAGACGAGGAGCCAGUAAAGAAAUUGUUAGAAAGCAGAUACCAUCAAAUUGGUUCUGGGAAGUGUGAAAUCAAAGUUGCACAACCCAAAGAGGUAUAUAGACAGCAACAGCAACAACAGAAGGGAGGAAGAGGUGCUGCAGCUGGUGGGCGAGGAGGUACUAGGGGUCGUGGCCGAGGUCAGGGCCAAAACUGGAACCAAGGAUUUAAUAACUAUUAUGAUCAAGGAUAUGGAAAUUACAAUAGUGCCUAUGGUGGUGAUCAAAACUAUAGUGGCUAUGGCGGCUAUGAUUAUACUGGGUAUAACUAUGGGAACUAUGAAUAUGGACAGGGAUAUGCAGACUACAGUGGCCAACAGAGCACUUAUGGCAAGGCAUCUCGAGGGGGUGGCAAUCACCAAAAUAAUUACCAGCCAUAUUAAAAGGGACGCUGGAGAAAACAGGAAGAGAUUGCUAACGUAACCAUCUUGCAGGAGGACAUUGAAAAUUGGUCUUCUGUUGAUCUAAGAUGAUUAUUUUGUAAAAGAGUUUCUAGUGUACAAGACACAAUUUGUGUCCAACUGUAUAUAGCCGCCAAUUAGUUUUUUUUGUUUUUACUUUGUCUUUUGCUAUCUGUGUUAUGACUCUGUGGAUUUGUGUUUAUACAAACUUUAUUUGUAUGAUUACAUGUUAAACCUCAAAUAAAUGCUUCCUUAUGUGAUUGUU